GUCAUGCAGUAGACAGGCACUUCUUUCUCGGGGAGCUACGCACAGCCACUUACACGCAUUCUAGCAAGCAGACAAGAAGUCAAGGGAUUUUCUUUUGGCACAGAUGCCCAGCAACAGCAACUUUUUAAGCUUUUGAAUGUUCACAGGACACAUUGCCAGAAGAUUUGCAGAUGCCCUCAAUAAGAAGCCUAUUUUGUCAUCAUUUCUCCACACCAAAGCUGAAUGUGUCAGUGGAGGACAUUUCUGUGUUGCUGACAGUUCGACAGGUGGUUUGAGUUUUCUGGUGAACCUGGAAGGAUCUGCAGCCAUGACUUGCACUGUAUUUAAAGAUAGAAUGGUGCCUUUUUUUUAUGCAUGUUUACUAUGUAUUGUGCUUGGAGUGGGGCAUGCUCAGGAGUCUUCACAGUCACAGAGUCAGAGCCAGGGCCAGGACAGUGCUACACCUUGGAGGCAGGUUAUCCAAUGGGAAAACAACGGUCAAGUUUUUAGCCUGCUCAACAGUGGAGCCGAGUAUGUGCCUGCUGGGGCUAGCUCUCAGGACAGGGCACCUCGAGUGGUUGUAGCUGACUCUGGAACUCGACCCACACGUCGCCAAGGAGGUAAUGUGCGUCGUCAAGCACCUUCCAGGGGAUCGUCAGACACUGUUCGUGGACAGGCAAGACAUCCCUUUGGUUUUGGACAAGUGCCUGAUAAUUGGAGGCAAACCGCAACUGGAACCGGUGGUGGUUCAACUGGUGGUAGAGGAACCUUCCAGGGAUCUACAAGUUCUAGGUUUAGACCGUCUACUGGAUCUACAUACAAUGUUCAGUCUUACCCACAGUACCCCUAUCCACAACAGCCACCACAGCCGCCAUUUCAACCGCUACCUUACGAUCCUAGUUAUGGCGAAGUUCCCGUGAGGAGUUUUGAACCACCUUUUCAACCUGUUGUACCCGGUGGUGGCUAUGGAACUGGGGGUGUAUAUGGAGCUAACCCACCGCCAAUACUUCCUGGGUCGCCAUCUGAUUUCACUGAGGAUGGCUUCAUGUACUACCCGCCCUAUGGAUCCGGACCUUAUCCCGCAGCAGCAGCAGCCACCACCCGGCAAUCUCAGCAACCACAGCCACCAUUUUCAGAUGGGUUAGACCACAGAUACACUCACAAUCUUUAUAAUGGGAACUCUGGGCCUGUUGUGCCAAACCCCGCUGUCCCCAAUACAGCCCAGGCUGCUGACAGUGGACCAGCUGGGCAGCCACCAAUAAGAAGCCCCCAGUAUGAGCAGUUUCCACCAUUUGGAAGACCACAGCCACCGUUCCUUCAGCCAAUUUCACCAGGGCAAAGUUCCCCCAACUCUGCGCCUGAAAGCCCAUAUGGGAAUGUUUACCGGCCAGAGCAGAGAGGUUUGCCUGACCUGGUCCCUGAUCCAAACUAUGUUCAAGCUUCCACCUACAUCCAAAGAGCCCACAUGUAUUCUCUGCGAUGUGCUGCUGAGGAAAAAUGUCUUUCCAGCUCCGCCUACAGCCCUGAGACGACUGACUACGACGUGAGGGUGUUGCUGCGUUUCCCACAGAGGGUGAAGAACCGGGGCACCGCUGACUUCAUGCCUAACAGACCACGUCGUACAUGGGAGUGGCACAGCUGUCAUCAACACUAUCACAGCAUGGACGAAUUCAGUCACUAUGAUUUACUUGAAGUCAGCUCUGGACGCAAAGUGGCCGAGGGACACAAGGCCAGCUUCUGUCUGGAGGACACUACCUGUGACUUUGGACAUCUGAAACGCUACGCAUGCACAGCUCAUACCCAGGGCUUGAGUCCAGGCUGUUAUGAUACAUACAAUGCUGAUAUUGACUGUCAGUGGAUCGAUAUAACAGAUGUUCAGCCUGGAAACUACAUACUAAAGCUUCAGGUCAAUCCAAAGUUCUUGGUGCGGGAAUCAGACUAUACCAACAACGUGGUCCGAUGUAACAUUCAUUACACAGGACGUUUUGUCAGGACAACCAACUGCAAACUGUCCCAGUGA